UGCUUGACCAUAUUAUAACGUGUCGUUCCGCCAGCAAACAUUUAUAGUCGGUGUGGAUCUGAAAAAUAUCUAUUCCAAAAAAGUUUUCUAACUGUCCCUGUCCCUGUCCCUGUCCCACAACCCAACGAUUGCAACAUUCAUUCGUGUAGCUGAAGACAUGCCAGGAACAGGCUACCCCCACGAUGAACGCCUACUUGUCUCCCAUCCAAUGUAUGUUGCAGUCCAUGAUUUUGCUCAGCGGGAAGUUCCAUCUGUUCUUUUCGAUUCAACAGAAGUAACCCAUAUUAAAUGGGUAGUCAAACAAAAGUGGGUCCUCUGAAGAAUAUGGUGCACCAGAAAAGCUUCAAAUUGGAAGCAGCUUGUGAUUAUGCAUAGGCUUUGGAUGUUUUAAUCUGUACAUUUUGCUUAACAAAUUCAUUAUAGUUUUACGCAUCUAGAAUGGAAGAUUUGGUGAAAGAGAAUGGAGUAAAUGAGCCCCUCUUGCCUAAUUUUUCGAGGCCACCUGAGAAGGAUGUAAGUUCAAGAUCAAGGCGACUUUAUCAUUGCAGAACUGCUCCAUCAUCUUAUUCAAAUAAAAAUAAAACUAAAAUAGAGGAUAUGCACUCUAUAUUACCCUAUAAAACUAAAGGCAUUCGUCCUACUCUCUCUCAAGCUGGGUUGGUCCUGUUCAUUUACUUGGGAGUGGGCAUGAUUUGUUUUUAUAAUGUAGAGGAUGAACUGAGAGGUUUAAGGACAAGCAGGCUGGUUGAUGCUUUAUAUUUCACCGUUGUAACAAUGACUUCUGUUGGUUAUGGAGAUCUUGUGCCCAACGGCGCUCUCCCGAAGCUUUUAGCUUGCUUCUUUGUCUUUUCUGGAAUGGCCCUUGUGGGCUUGCUUCUUAGUGGUGCAGCAGAUUACCUUGUGGAGAAGCAGGAAAAGUUAUUGAUAAAAGCGUUUCACAAGCAACAAAAUAAUGGUUCUAAUGACUUAUUGAAUGAAACUAAGAUCAACAAAUCAAAGUUGAAGCUCUUGGUGUCCCUUUUAAUCUUGCUGGCUCUGAUAGUCAUUGGAAUUGUUUUCCUUUAUAAAGUUGAGGGGUUGGAUUUACUCAAUUCAUUCUAUUGUGUGUGCGCAACAAUUACAUCAUUAGGAUAUGGAGAUCAAAGCUUUUCAACAAAAAUUGGACGCAUAUUUGCUAGUUUUUGGAUUAUGGUCAGUACCCUAUGUCUGAUACAGGUCUUCUUGGACCUUGCCGAGGUAAGAACUGAAGAUAGGCAACAGUCAAUGGUGCACUGGGUUUUGAGUCGCAGGACAACAAGGGCAGAUUUGGAGGCAGCAGAUAUGGAUUCUGAUGGAGCUGUCAGCCCUUCAGAGUUUGUUCUUUAUAAACUGAAAGAGAUGGGGAAGAUUGAAGAGGAAGAUGUGGCACUUCUUAUCAAAGAAUUCAAUAUGCUUGAUGCAGACCAUUCAGGUACAGUCACAGCAUCUGACUUAAACCUCACAGGGCAAGCACCAGAAGAUUGAGAAAAGAACCGAAUGUAAGACUAGUGACUUUCUAGAAUGCUUACUGAUUCUUUUAUGGGUAUGUGAUAUAUUUCUCAGAAUGUAUAAAAUCAAUCUUUCAGCUUUUUGUAAAGUAUGGUAUUUCUAUAGGAAUUAACCAAAUUGUGGAAUCUUUGAUGGGAAGAAAUCAAUCAAGUGAAUUGUCUGCAACACUGGAUUUGGUCUUUAAUAUUCAUUCAAUGCCACAUUAAUUAAUGUAGACUCAUUUUCUUUCA